AUGAGCGACCUUGAUGUUGAAACUUCUAAGAACUUUUGUGACUCUCUCGGAAAAUCCUUUGGCACACUGCAGGAUAACCAAGCCACGCUGGUCGGUAUCAUUAAUUUCUUGUUGUCUAUUAGAGAAGAAGAAGAAGAAGAAGAAGAAGAAGAAGGAGAUGGUGGUAACAGAGAAGCUGAUCAAGAUGGAAUUAGACGAGCACACAGCACGUCCAGUGUGGUGGAAAAGGGGCCUACUGAUCAGUCUCAAUUUGAAAGAAAUAAAAUACUCAUUCGAGGGCUGAGUGAGAAAACUUGCGCGGACGGACUGGUGAACUUUAUCGAGGUAAGGUGUGCUGGGAAAGAGGUUAAGGACGUACAGAUGCUGAAGAAUGGAAAAGCCUUGGUCACCAUGGCUGAUGAAAUCAAAGAUUUCAGGGAAAUAAAGACUAAAUGCGAGUUGAGAGGUCUGGAUGAUGCAAAGAUUUCCAUUGAACAAGUCCCGGUUUGCAAAAGUAUCCUUGUCACUGGCUUUGCAGACGUUACCCAUGAUUUCAUUGAAUUGUACUUUGAGAGUCGUCGAAACGAUGGGGGUCCUGUGAAGAAGGUUGACUAUGUUCCUAAAAGUGGUCGAGCUGUGGUUGUGUUUCAAGACACAAAAGACAUGGAAAGGGUGUUAACCAGACAUGAAGAGAAACCUUAUGAGAUUAAACAAACCCAGCUGUCAAUUAGAGCUUACCGAGAGUUUUUAGAAGACGAAGACAUUGAUGGAGCCGAGAAUCCCGAUGACUUUGGAGCUAUUGCAACCGCGGCCAGUGAAUCUCGAGUGAUCCAGAAACCCUCUGCCAAAGCACAACAGCUGCACAUGUCUGUAGAUCCCGAUGUUAUGGAAUACGUCACAUCCACACGAUUCCAAGCUGAGCUGGACGAUUCGCUGGCUGGAAAGAGGAGCGAAAUCACCUGGAAACCCAACAAAAAAAUAGCUGUAAUAGUGUACCGUGGGGAAGAUGACAGUCAUUCCUGGCAACCUGAGUGCAUUGAACAAGUACAAAAUUACCUCGGCAAGUUUGCGAAGUGCGAUGUGCAGGUCAACAAGGAUUUCUGGGAAGCCGUGGUAGCAAAAGUUCCCAGCAUUCGCACCUGCUUGGGAGUUGAUCCCCCGCUGGUCAAGAUUGUUCCUGAUUCAAAUGUUGCUAGGAUCGUUUCAUUAAGAACAGCUCUGAAAAGUAACGAGGAAAAGGUAAAGUCAAAGUUGGAAGAAAUAUACGAGGAGACCAGAAAAACUUACCUAGAGAGGAAAAUUCCAAAUGUUCCCGAGGAGCGCUUAAUUUUGCUGAAGAAGAUAAAAUUUGCCGAGAAACUCCAAGAAAAGAAUAAGGAGUUGAAGAUCAAAAUUAAUACUGAAGAUGAAGAAAUAUAUUUCGAAGGUCCCCAGCCACAGCUUAUUGAGGCAACCAUGAAGUUCGAGAAACAAAUGGCAAAUGUGGUUGAGAAGAAACUGACUUUACCCAACAGCAUCCUAGAGAUUUUAGUCUCAGAUGAAGGGCUUCAGACUGUCAAAUGUGAGUUGGAAAGAAACAACGUGGAAGCAGUGUUGGUUAUUGAGAAAGACACCACCAUAGUGGGAUCAUCAGCAGCGAAUGCAGACAACGCGGUCAGGCUCGUGAACAAGUUGAUGGUGGAAGAGAAAAUUCAAGUGGACGAGAAAAGCAAGCAUUUUUUGAAGUCAUCUGAAUGGCUAAAGUUGUGUGACGAGAUGAACCAAACGACUGUCCGUGUCCUUAGGAACAACUGGAACGAUAUACACGUAGUUGGGUUUCGUGAUGACGUGACGGAAGUGAUAAAGAAGUUAAAUACCUUUCUUGAAAACAAUUGCAUCAGGGAGGAACGUUUUUGGUGCAGGUCUGAUAUCAUGCGAAGAUAUCUUCUCGAGCUACGUCAAGAAGAUCUACACACCAUAGAAAAUCAACUAAAAGACUUUGUGGUGAGCAUUAAAAAGGGUGAUGACGAUGAUGAUUUUAUCAUUUCUGGCAACAUAGAGGGUUUGGAUCGUGUAGGAAAGAAGCUCGACGCUCUGAUCGAUUCCACUGAGUUGAAAACCUUUGAAGUGAAACAGCCAGGCCUUCGAAAAUACUUUGAAAGAGGAAAAGGAGAUCAGCUGGUGAAAUUGGUGGAAAAAGAUCAAGAUUGUGCUAUAAAAGUCCAGAAAAAUUUAGGUCGAGGAGGAAGGGACGAGGAGUUGCGCGUGGAAUCCGUUUCCGACGCUUCUACUUCUUCAGGCGACAGUGACGAUGAUGUCGGGGGUGACCACGCUACCACUACUGGAACUGACUCGUCUACCCUGGUAAUAGCCCAAAGGCACAGAGUGUCGUGGAAACCUGGAAAUAUAGGGGCAGAGAAGGCUGACCUACUUGUCAGUUGUCUAGGAGCAUGCGAUAAAGCAAUCAUUAAUGCCGGUGGUCCUCAGGCCGCAACCCCCAAAGUUGGUGACAUCACUAUCUCAGGCGGUUUUUCCUCGGUCAGUCACGUGAUUCACAGUCACUGUUGUACGUGGAACAACGGUGGAGGGGAGCCGACGCUAAGGGCCAUCGUUCAAAAGUGUCUGCAAGCGGGUGAAACACUUAGAGCCAAGUCCAUUGCAUUUCCUGUCAUUGGGACUGGAAAUCUACACUUCCCUCGCGACACAGCCUCGAGAAUCAUGUUGGAAGAAACAGUCAAUUUCUGCCGAGCCAACCCUGGUUCUAAUUUACAGGACAUCCGAUUUGUCGUGUUUGACCAAGAUCAAGCAUUAACUGCCGCCUUCAAACAAGAGAUGGAAAAACUGCAACCCAAGCAAAUUGGCAACUCACAUUUGACAGUCCAGGUGGUAAAUGGUGAUUUGACUCAAGAGAACAGCACUGAUGCUAUUGUGAAUAUUCUGAGCACGGAUAUAAAGAUGGAUAACGCCGGAGACCUGAGCAAAGCCAUAGCAAGACAGAGUGGUCCACUAGUGCAACAAGAAUGCAACCAAUUGGGAAAGCAGACUCCUGGAACAGCGAUAGUGACCAGUGGAGGUAAUUUACAAGUACCUUAUAUUAUUCACAUCAUUCCAGGCUCCUCAGAUAAGCAGCAUCUCCAGCAAUGUUUGGAGGAGGGUCUUCGUGUUGCAGACGCCAAUAACUUUCAAGCGAUCUCAAUUCCGUGUGUUGGCACUGUAGGAUACGGCUUGACCACAGCGGACUCAGCCCAGCUGACGUUCAAAGCACUAAACGCAUUCAGUGCCCGUUGUAAAAACAUUCAGAAAGUAAGAGUAGUUGUGUUCCAGGCCUCUAUGAUGCAGGAGUAUCUACAAGAGCAGAAAAAACCAGUGCAAGAUAUUGAAGAAGACAGUGACUCAGAGAAUGCAGCAGCUGGGAAAACCAGAAGACGCGGACGUAGGCAGGCACCAGGCCAAAGUGACGAACAUUCUGUAAGAAUUUCUGUGAUUGGCAAAGACAAGGUGAGCGUGGAAAGAGCCGUGGACUCCUUGAAGAAAGGUUUUUCGGACGCUUGUCCAAUGGAAAAAGUCGAAAGUGACGUCAUCAGUCAGCUUUCCGAUAAGCAGAAGAAUAUGCUGAGAAAGAAAGCUAAAGACCGUGACGUCAAACUUGAAAUUGAGGAUGACGUGGAUCGCAUUAUCAUUCGUGGUGGACCAACCGAGGUUGCUGGAAUAGUCGGGGAGAUCUGGAGAGAGAUCAACAAAAGGAUGAAGAAGAAACAGGAGGAAGAACAAGCGAAGUUGGUUUCAAAGAACGUAGAGUGGAGCUAUGAAAUACAAGGCACAAAAGUAGCGUUUUCCCCGAAAGCAAAUGCCAAGAUUGAGUUGGCCCACAGCAAAGAUGAGCACACAGUGCAAGUUUCUCUACGCGGAGACAAGUUUGUCAUCGACUUGAAGAGAAACUCUGGACUUGGACAAACGUCUGGUGAACAAAUAUCACUGACAAGAAAGGUGAAGGGUGCUGAUGAAGGAAUUGCUCUGCCAAAACACUGGACACCAAUGCCCGGCCACGACUCUACUGUACAUAGAGUACUACUGCUCCCAGGCUCCCCUGAGUAUCAAGAUGUCGUACGUAAGUUUCAAGCCACAGCCGGAGCGUUAAAUAUUCAGAAGAUUGAACGCAUACAGAAUCCUCAUCUGUAUCAGUCGUACAUGGUACGAAAACAGAAAAUGGAUAAAGAUACUGGAGGAAAUAGUGAAAGGCAGCUGUUUCAUGGGACUGUUGCUAAAAACGUCAACAAUAUCAACACACAAGGAUUCAACAGAAGCUUCUGUGGGGCUAAUGGCACGGACUAUGGACGUGGUGUUUAUUUCGCUAGAGACGCUCAAUACUCUGUUAGAUUCGCUGGGAAUGGUGGUUAUGGAGGGCGCCACAUGUACCUUGCCAAGGUCCUCGUUGGGGAGUAUUGUAUUGGAAAACGUUCAAUGGUUGCGCCUCCACCAAAAAAUCCAUCAAAACCUGAAAUUCUUUACGAUUCUAUGGUUGAUAACCAAUCAAGCCCCAGCAUCUUUGUUGUUUUCUCUGAUUAUCAGUGUUACCCUGAAUACCUUAUAACCUUUUGAUGACCACAUAGACCUUUUUCUCAAAAAACGGCAGAGUUAAAGGCCAAAAAAGCUUGACAAGCUUCAUAGUUUAACUUAGUUUAUCAGGUAUAUAAAUUGCAAAAAAUCGUUAUUCUUCACAGUCUAGAGAACAUCAUAUAAAUGUUGGUAGUAGUUUCUCGAUAGGAUUCUUUAUUGUCUUAACCCUUUAACUCCCAAGAUGUCGUUAGUAAUUCUCAUUACUGUCUACUGUAUAACUCUUGUGAUGAAAGUUCAGAGAAUUUGGUACUGGAUCAACCAGAAAUCCCUUA